AUGAGAAAAAUAAUUGUUACCUGUAGAGGAGAGGUGGAGGUGGAGGGAGAACGUCCUUAUACAGGGAAAGCUCAACCCAGAGAACAAGCAAAGAUAUGUGUUGAAUUUCAAGACAAAUAUUGUUCCUGCGAGUUGGAACUGUUGGAUUCUCGAUACUUGAUUAGCGAAGCUUUGGACUCUCAGAUAUUUGGUGAAGCCAUAUCUGCUCUAGACAGGGCUUUAGAAAAUGCCUUCUCUGUUAUGGCUGAUGAGGAAACUGCUUUCAUAAGUAUCAGUAUUCCUGGAAGAUUUGUAAAUGAUGAUCUCACAGAGUUGGUGGAGUUCACAUGUACAGCGUGCUUAAAAAUUAUUGAGAAUGGGAAAUUAAUAUUAGAAUUCACUCCCAAGGAAAAAUUAGGUAUAGCUGUCAAGUACAAAAACUUAGGUAUAGGUCUCUACAAAGAAGGUUGUCUCUCCAAACAAAUAUCUGCCUUUUUUAUGUUCAGGGAUGCAGUAAAGUGGCUUGUUAUGAUUGAACCAGAUGAAGUAAAGGAUAGUUUUGCAGAAAUUCAAGUAAUUAAAAUGCAUUGUUAUAAUAAUCUCGCAUUAUAUCACAUAAGACAACACCAAUACAAGCUGGCCAUAUCUGCGGCUACCAUUGUCCUUGAUACCGAUGAAAAGAAUGUAAAGGCACUGUACAGACGAGCUGUGGCUAAUACAGAAAUACAGAACUAUGAAAUAGCCAUAGAUGACAUUCAGUCUGCCUUAGCCAUUGACCCCAACAAUGGACCAGCUAAAAAACAGUUAGAUAUGAUAAAGAAGAGACAGAGAGUUGUGUCAGAUAAAUGUGCUCAAGCAAUGAAGAAGUUCUUCAGUUGA